AGCUCCAGCCCAUAAGAGUUCGAGCUAGGGUUUUGAGUGAAGGAAUAAAACGUAACGACGCGUCUUAUGUACCUCUCUCUCCAUUUAGGGUUUCAGACAGAGGAGGAAGCAAGGCCAGAGGUUGAAAGGGGAGUAGCAGGGGAGCGACGCAGCCAUGGCGAGGAUUAAGGUUCACGAACUCCGAGGGAAGUCGAAGACUGAUCUGUUGAACCAGUUGAAAGAUUUGAAAGCAGAGCUUGCUCUGCUCCGAGUCGCGAAGGUCACUGGAGGUGCACCUAACAAACUCUCCAAGAUCAAGGUGGUUAGGCUGUCAAUCGCGCAGGUAUUGACAGUGAUCUCGCAGAAGCAAAAGGCGGCUUUGAGGGAAGCCUACAAGAAGAAGAAGUUCCUGCCACUUGAUCUGCGUCCAAAGAAAACCAGAGCUAUUAGAAGACGCCUCACCAAACACCAGUUAUCCUUGAAAACACCUCGGGAAGAGAAGCAUGAGAGGUACUUUCCAAUGAGAAAGUAUGCCGUCAAGGUGUAGGUAGGGUCAAGAUAGGGAGGGAAGUUUUUUUACUUUUUUGCUUCAAAAUGUCAUUUUUGGGAUACAACUUUGGAAGAAUUUCCCCCUCUUUGGUUUUUUUUUUUUUUUGUUUGUUUUGCAUUUUAAUGGUUAGAUUUUCCUUUAUAAACCUGAGGAUCGAGUCUUCUUUCUUGUUUGGUUGAGGUAAUGUUGAGAUAUCCUGCUUGUGAGGAAAAAAUUGUUAAAAUCCUACUUUUGAUGCACUUUCUAGCCAUUAUUUUUCCAUAAGGAAUUUAUGCUAGGCAUCCAAGUUUGUUUCA